AUCUUUUUUCGUCCUUUUCCACGGUGCGGCAAUACAGUAACAUUCYGUGCCACUGCCWCGGAGAAAACGAGACAACGCCAGGUGCAUCGAGAGAGCGAAACAAUCGAGCAGCGGCAGGUGGCUUGUAGGGCAAUCUUCGCAGACACCGGUUGCACGACGGCGUGACAGAAGGUUGCACCGGCGUUUCACGACCCAACAAACACACACUCAACACAGCAACAAAACAACCAACGACAAGGGCACUGUUACGUCCGCACCGCCACCAUGAGCCGGACCAUGAAACCGGAGGAGCUGAUCCGCGCCCUCGCCUUUGUGGCRAACCCGGAAGAGCUGAUCAAGCCGGACCCUUCGGUCGUCACCCCGAAGAUCCGGGACGACAGCAUCGGGGACGGCUUUCGCGCCACCGUCGCCAAGGGCCUCGGCAAGAUCCUCUCGGCGAACGCCCUGGACCUCUACGGGAUCGAGGAGCACGAAGAGGAGGACCCGGGGGAAGCCGGAGAAGACCCGGGGGAAGCCGGGGGGGACCCUUUGCCGGAAACAGAAACCACCGGCGCGGGGGGRCUGGCCUCGUCGAUGAAGCUCGGGAGCAGCCAGGCCCCGUCGUCGAGGAGGCUCAAGCGGCAGACCUCGGAGGUUUGCUUCGGAACGGUYGAGGUGAGAAAGUACCCCAUCACGAUCGGGUCGAACCCCUCGGUGAGCCGUGGGGUCCCCACCACCAUCGAGUGGGACCACCUCAAGGGCGAGACGGAGACCAAGCACAUCAACGCCUACGAGCGCGACCGGCCCAACGAGGAACGGAAGCGCGGGGACGACCUGGUCCUGGACUCGAUCACGAGGGCGAGGAUGCUAAAGAAUCUGGGCUACACCAAGCCGGAGCUCAUGGAGGCGAUGCGGGAGGUCAACGAGUCCCGGAGGAACUAGUUCCAGUGGCAGAAGCGAUUGAAUUGAAUUGGAUGCGAUGCGAUGCGAUGCGAUGCGAUUCGGUUCGGUUCCAUUCGGUUCGGUGCAAAGAAAAGGAGGCAGGAGACCAAACACCAAAGCACCGUGGUGCUGCACGGAACCCGAUCUUGAUUGCUUCUGUGCGUACGACCCACCCCAAGCGGAUGCGAAUCGAGACGGACGGCACGGCACGGCCGCAUUUUUGUUUCGUUGGAGGCAUUGUGCAUUUGCAUUCCGAUUCCAUACCCCAAGCAUUCUGCAGGCACACCCAUGCAAACACAGACACGCAACACAUUCGCGCACAUGUACAAUUAGACACACACAGAUUUAUCCACCCCCACCCUCACCCACACGCAACACACUCCGAUGGGACGGCCCUGCCUUUUCCCCCUGCCCCAACUCUCAAAAGUAUGGAGGAUAACAUCUAAAAUGUCAAAAACUGGAUUUCACAAAGAAGGAACGGCGAAACCCAUAGGGGGAACCGGAAUCGGACGCUCGCAUUAAAGUCGACAUAGUGAG